GCAGGUGUGCAAUUCACAGCUUCGGCUAUUUUACUUCGACGUGCCCACUACCUACGAGUACGCCACCAUACGGAUGCUAUAUACUCCGUAUUCAUGCUCAAGUCAGAUACGACGGUCGGAUCAAACAAGAUGUAGUGGAGAUCAUUAACUCCCUUCAAUCACUUCUCGGCUCCCAAGUGGCUUAUCAAUAUCUCAAAGUUCGGUUGGUCGUGAGCCUUGCGCGGACAAUAUCCACUUACUGUCGUUACCUUUGUGACUCUCUUCGAGGAAGAGGCGUGCGGGUGUAUCUAAACUACUUUUACUUCCUUGUCACGAGAUCAUCUCAAUGGUAUCAACACCAUGCCUGGAAAAAUCCUCUGUGUUGCGGAGAAGCCGUCUAUCUCUAAAGCAGUGGCCGGUCAUCUUUCAGGUGGCUCUUUCACAACCGUAAGUCUCACCCUCACGUUUUUAUACACAUCCAACUAACCUCAAGUAGCAAAACACAAGGAAUCAAUAUAUCAAAAACUACAAGUUUACUUUCAAUUUCGGUCCACCAUGGGGAAAUUGUGAUGUGGUCAUGACAUGCAUUUCUGGCCAUCUUACCGAUGCUCAAUUUACUCCCGAACACAAGAACUGGAGUUUCCCUCCCCCACAGACUCUUUUCAAUGCGCCUAUAGUUAUCAAGGUUGAAGAUAGCAAAAAUGACAUUGCAAGCAAUAUUCAAUCAGAAGCUAGAGGUGCCAGGGCUUUAUUUAUCUGGACCGAUUGUGAUCGUGAAGGGGAACACAUCGGCCAUGAGGUCAGGACGGAAGCGUUGAAAACAAAUCCGAGGAUGGAGGUUAAGAGAGCAAGGUUCAGCAAUAUUGAAAGAGCGUAUAUAUAUCUUCGGUCUUUCCUGGCCUAUUUUUAAACCCUCCCAUGCUAACUUUCCAAGACACGUCAUUCAAGCAGCCAAAAAUCCCGUUAUUCUCGAUGAUCGUCAGGUCAACGCCGUUGAGGCGCGUAGGGAGCUAGACUUGCGUAUAGGAUAUGCAUUCACUCGAUGGCUUACGCUUAGUCUUCAAACUCUAGGAGGGCCAUUCGUCGAGGAUAACGGAAAAAGCAGAAUAUUAAGUUAUGGUUUGUCAUAAAUUCCUUUGUGGUUGAUAUCGGACAUCGUCCCUUGUGAAACUUUCCCAUAAUUGUGACUAACAUAGACAGGAUCAUGUCAAUUCCCCACCCUGGGAUUUGUGGUAGACCGCUAUCGCCGAGUCAAAGGCUUUAGACCUGAACCAUUCUGGACAAUAAAAGUGGUGCAUACUCGCGAUGAUAUCAAGGUCAACUUUUCCUGGAAACGAAAUCGUCUUUUUGAUCGCGCAGUGGUUACUAUUCUCUUCGAACGUUGUAUAGACGCAAAAUUCUGCACAGUUACCAAAGUUCAAGAGAAACCCACCAAAAAAUGGAAACCACUUCCUUUGACCACAGUAGAGUUACAGAAAAAUGCUACACGCUACCUCCGCAUGAACUCUCAACAAGCAAUGACAGCUGCAGAGACCCUUUACCAGAAAGGAUUUAUUUCUUAUCCACGUACAGAAACAGAUCGCUUUGACAAAGGGAUGAAUCUUCGAGCAUUAGUUGAAAAGCAGACCCCUGAUAAUAGAUGGGGAAAUUUUGCUCAGCAUUUGGUUAAUGGAGGGUUUCAAUGGCCACGUGAGGGUCGAAAUGAUGAUAAAGCGCAUCCUCCUAUUCAUCCUAUCAUACACGUUCAACCUACAGCAUUAAACCCAGAAGAAGCACGAGUCUAUGAAUUUGUCACCCGCCGAUUCCUGGCUUGCUGUGCCGAUGAUGCAAAGGGACAAGCUACUGAUGUAGACAUACAAUAUGGAUCCGAGUUCCUCACCGCCCAUGGAUUAGUGGUGGUCGAAAGGAAUUAUCUCGAUGUCUAUGUCUAUGAUAAGUGGACUAGCAGUCAGACUUUACCUCAGUUCAUACUUGGGGAGAGAUUUGAACCAGAUGAAGCCAAUAUGAAUGAGGGUGAAACUUCGCCUCCCGGUUUCCUCACAGAACCUGAUUUACUUGCUCUCAUGGAUGCUAAUGGUAUUGGUACGGACGCUACAAUGGCAGAACAUAUCUCCAAGAUUCAAGAAAGAGAUUACUGCUUUACACAGCCUGUUGGUGGACGUGGUCCUGCCCCAGCGCAAGGCCGUGGUCGUGGAGGCGGUCGAGGAAGGGAUGGAGGUCGCGGAGGACGAGGAAGGGAUGGAGGUCGCGGAGGACGAGGUGGGAGAGGAGGAAGAGGAGGCGCUGUAGCAGGAGAUGGAGGAGGUGCUGCCAACAUGGGAGUACAAGAAUUUAUACCUUCAGUCCUCGGUAUGGCUCUCGUCAUGGGGUUUGAAAAUAUGGAAUUCGAAACGCCUAUCAGCAAACCGUUCUUACGUAAAGAAAUGGAACUGCGGAUGAAGGAUAUUUGCGAAGGACGAAUAAGCAAGAAUGAGAUGUUGAGGCAGAGCAUCAGUCAAUAUCGAAAUGUGUUUAAUCAGUCGAUGGAGCGGGUCAACGUUCUGAAGACGGUAUGUUCUAUCUUUACGUUCGCUUUUUUUUCUUUCGAGAAAGCUUGCUGAUAACAUAUUCUUGCUAGGCCUGUAGGGAUUAUGUACUGAACGGCAGGCAAGAUUUUUAA